AUGGCGAGUGCGUCGACACAAAUGAAGCCGGCGAAUAUUGCAUCCCUUGGCGUGAUUCAGCCGGACAACGCAGCUUCGACUCGUAGCGAUGAUGAACGGUUUCUAGGAGCCCAUAAGACGGAUGAUGGAGGAAAGAACAUUGGCAGCUACAACACAGGCAGCGAAGAGAGGGAAUUCCAGAGUGCCGCUAAAGCAGCUAGCACAAAACUAACAACGAAACUCGGUACAGAAUGGAAAAAGAUAACGAACAAGGACUUCCGGAAUUUGCUGCUGUUUCUGGACGAAAAAACUACCUUCGCGAAGCUUUACAGAAAGGGAGCAACCCCUUUUAAACUAUUCACUGAGAUGAAUCACCGUGGUAUUCUCAAGGAAGGCGUGAUUAGUGUCAGGUGGAGCAACUACAUGGAUUAUUGGGUGAAGAGGAAUACUGGACUGAUUUAA